AAUCUGUUUUUAUGAACAAAAUAGUGCAUGUUUUUUCAUAAAAUUGUUUAAUUUUAUUUAUUUCUGGUAUAGGGAAUAAAAAUUAUUUUCUUGUUCGUAACAUUUUAAAUCGAUUGCAAAGGAUUUUUACUUAUUUAUCGUGUUUGUUUGACCGUGUUUUGACCGUCAAACCCAAUGUGCUUGAUUAUAACUACACAAAUCUACUUUUACUUAUCGUCUUAUCAACAGCUUUUUGCUCUCGCCUUUACCUUACUCCUUCCUAAAGUUCUCGCCUUGCUAUUUUAACCCAUCAUCUAUCUCUCUUUCCAUUCCUUAUUACGUUUAUAAAGCUACGUAUCUUUUACUUGAUCGUCGACGCUUGAAGAGCACGCUCGAUUCCGUUCUUCAUAAGAAUAAGUUAAAUUGGUGUUUUUCGGUGAUAACUGAAAUUAAAUUUCAUAUUAUUAAGUAUGUCUUUCGCGGGGUGUUUUAGAAGCUUUUUAGGCGCUUGUUGCUUCCGAAGGUAAAUUGCAUGUUUGCUAUUUUUUCUUUGUUGCAUGUUCUUCGAUUUCCUUAUCACUUUCGUCCUAUACCUAACUAACAUUUUGAAAUAGUUUAGUCUAAUGCCUUGUUUAUUAGGAUUUUUUUUUUAUUUAAAGGAAUUUAUUAGGAGUUUUGUUUUUAUAUUUUUUCGUGUGGUCUCUUGAAAUGUUGUUCCUGCACUUGCAGAAAGGGAAAAAGAAGGAAUUUGUUGCCACCAAUACAAAUGCCUGCAGUAUAUUCGUAUAACAGCAUAGCAUCGACUCCCUCAUUGGCAGACGUUGAACCAGAAGCAGAGUGCUCUCGUCGCCGCGGUUCCAACGGGACUCCCAUGACCCCCGAAGUAGAUGCCGACGUAGAAAGCGACGGUUUCUACAUGCUUAAAAAAGACUCGCAACGGCGAACCACACUCGUCAAAGUACUACAGCAAGACGGCCCCCAAAUCUGCGACUUGUGGAUGCAAAAAAUAAGGGAGAAGUACCUUGGCGAGACCGUACUCAACAAUCAGCACCUGGAAAUUCUUAUGAAUGGCCUGAAGAGUUACAUUGCCGAUCCGUCGCCGGUCGUUAUCGAACCUGCCAUAAGACAGCUCAAAGAAGAAUUGGGAUCCGAUGCCCACACGAUGAGCCAGCUCCACUUUGCCAUCUAUUUGUACCAGGAAUCCGUAAACGAAAUCCUAAGACGUCACCCCAUCAAGCCCCAUUGGAUGUUCGCCUUAGACAACCUUGUUCGCAGCGGGAUGCAAGCUGCCAUUGUAGUCCUGUCACCGGAACUUCAGGAAAAUCUCGAGGCUCCCAAUCCAAGUACCUCCAAUUCCACCAGGACCACCAGGACCACCGAGGACGACAACGGCUUCAUGGAGAUAUCCGAGAACAUCGCCCGAAUCCGCAAUUACAAUUACAGAUUGCUUGAGCAGUUGCACGAGUCUACCGAGCAGAUUGGCGUUUGGCUGCAAAGGAUAUUCGAACGGGACAGCAAUUACAAGGAAGAACUGAAAAGGAUCUGGUCGACACGUUUCCCUCCAGAGGGCGAAAUCGAGGAGGACGGUCGUCUGGGAGCUUGGCUUGUCGAAAAGAAGUUGUACCCGAUGGCCAGGUCGCUGGUGAGCGACGGCUACACGUUAGAUGACGUGCUGCUCUACAUGACCCGAGAGGAACUGCAAUUGGCACGUCUUAAACCGGGAGUCGAGUACCAGGUGUGGAAAGCCAUCUGGGAGCAUCGCGCACAACUACGAGAGAAGAAGCCGGCAGUCACCACAGAACAGAACAGUUCGUUGUUGGCUUGGCUCGCCAAUUUAGCCUACCAGUUCGUCGAAAGGCUACGUAAUUCAAAUUUCUUUCUCCUCUACGACUUUAGGGUACCUGACCAGGUCACGAACAGUAACAGUUCAAGUUCAGACUCUAGUGGUAUCGUUAAUAAUAGUACGGAAAGUGAAAAGACUUAACUCUUAUACGUAGGUGUGAAGGAAAUGGAAAAACGUAAGUGCAGUCCCUUUUGUCCUUGUCUAAUCGUUUCCUUUUGGGGUGCGGAUGUGUAGAGACUUUUUGAUUUUUUUUCUUCUGGAAUUUUCAAACGUUUCACAAUUUUCUGUCGACACUUCGUUGUUGUUACUUCAAUUAGUAAAUUAUAUUACCAAUUACGACUUGAUAAAAUAAUACGAUGUGAUCUCUCAUUAAAAGGUUCGUAAGUUUUCACAAGUCCUUAUGUCCCACUGGCAGUGAAUAGGAUUGAUAGAAAAUUUUUAGGGCCCUGUUCUCUUAAUCCUAUUCACUGGGGAACAGGGAUGAGGCUUGUGGAAUCGAAUGUACCUUCUAAGGAGGGAUUAAAGUUUAUUCGAUUAAUUCGUAAUUCGUAAUAAUAAUUUUUCUAAUUGAGGUGGUUGCAACUGAAGGUGGACAGAACGUUACGAAACGUUUGGAAACUCGAAAAAAAAAAUCAAAAAAUCGACACAUACGUCUCUCAAAACGAAAUAAUUAGAUCGGGGCAACGGUGACUGGACUUAUCUUUUUCGACUUCAGCGAUGUGUGUACUUAAUUUUCGUUUUUCCCAUUAUUAUUUAUAUUUAAUAGAAGAAGAAUCUAUAUAUUUUGUUAUUUAUUUGUAAUCG